GUUUUCAAUCACCUUGCGAACUGUAAACAUUCUACAAUAUUUAGAUGGAUAGGAUAGCAGGAUGCUGAUGUAGGACAUUGUACAUACAUGCUUGCCUCAGAAUUAUUAACACUGUACUGUAUUCUGUGAAGUAUGGCAGCCGGGAAGAUGCAGCAGUAACAGAUUAGGCCUACAAUUAAAUAUGUCCAUCCCAAGUGUGAAGCCAGAUAUUGGUAGCAAGGUGCUUCCCAGGGAUAAAACAGGACUGCCCUGGGAGAUAUGGAGGAUAAUUCUCUCCUAUCUGUCAGCCGAGGACCUCUGUCGGUGUGCCUGCACCUGCAAGACGUGGAAUGAUCUGGUGAUGAGUUUAGAUAGUUCAAGGUGGAAAGAGCUGUAUCUGCAAUGUUCUGACUGGAAACAUCCUUUCUGGCCAAUAAACACCGAUUCUGAGCCUGCUUCAUGGAAGCUAGCUUUCAAAGAACAAUUCCUUUCUGUCAGAUUUUGGGGACGAAACUUGCGUGAGCCUGACUCUGCAACCUGUUUGUAUGUACUGAAACGCAGGAAGGAGAGAAAAGUGAUUCGAGUUGGGCGAGACAUGGAGCAUACCUCCCUUAAGAGUGCUUUGGCUGUUGCAAAUGAUUAUGACAGAAUCGAAAUCUACCCUGGUAUUUAUGAUGAACAGUUCGAAAUGUCCUCCAAGAUUCCUUUUGAGAUCAUCGGGGUAGGGGAAUUGGGCAGCAUUAUUUUGGUGGUAUGUGUGGAACAGAUUGCGUUGACUGGAAGAGUUAGUAAUCUCGUGUUCAGAGCACCGUGGUUUACAAACUUCAUUCUAAAGGUGAGAUUUGGGUAUCUACAAGUUGACAACUGUAUAUUUGAGGAUGGCAUGGUAUAUGUCCAAAGCCCAGGUUCAUGUCAUAUCAAAUUCUGUACCUUCCGUCAUGCUACAGUGAUUCUUCAGCAUUUAAACUCCAGUAUCAUAGAAAAUUGUGAAUUCUCUAAAACGGAUUCUGCUGCCAUAACGGUCGAAGGAUAUCCUCGCGAAGACAAAAAUUGGACGUAUGGUUACAUGAUGGAGAAAACUGCUGCCGUCAGUCACCUAAACAGACCCACACAAAAAGGAUAUGACAUGGCACCAACCUCUGCCUUCUCCACUUCUACUGCUGUGACACAAAAAUGGCUCCUGGAAAAAUCCAGUGACACAAGAACGGAGCUGUCCCAUGAUCCGAAUCGCAGGGAGAGCCACUGCAGUUCUUCCUUCAUGCACAGUGAGUUUACAGACACUUCACUACAAGUAAGGCCUGCUAAUAAGGUGCAUGGUAAGACCACUUUAAAACAGACAUUUAGUUUGGAUCAUCUCCAGGGUCGAUGUUCGUGUUUUUCAUCCCAUACCGGGGAGUUAACAGGAAGUGCUAGAACAUGUGAAUUUCUUUCUCAAAGUGACUUUUCAACAUAUGGAGGGAAAAAUUCUCUGACUGUUAAAGGAAGCAGUCACGGUGGAAGCUUUACUGUUUCAGAAAUAAGUAACCCUUCCAUUAUAGGAGGAGGCAGCAUUAGGGUAGAUAUUGAUGAUCAGGACAAAUCCUCACUGUGUUCAGGAAUAUUAGUGGAAGAGGAGAAACCAUGUAUUCAGUCAAAGAGCAAUGAAGAAACCUCUGAAGCUACUGCAGAACAGGAAAUUGAACCAGCUGCAGGAAAUGAUACAGAGAGCAAGGAAAAUAUCAGGAAGCCCUGUGAAGAUUCACAGCAGGUAGAUGCAGCAGGUGAAAUCAGGUCAAGGUCACCAAGCAGGGCCUCCUCUGGGUCAAGGACACAUAGCCUAGCAUCCACAGCUAGUGGGAGUGACAUUUUCGAUGACAGUAAUGAUAGCAUUGGGAGUUAUAACUCUGGAUCUGUAAACUCUAGAGGGUCCAGUACUAGCAGUGACGAGGAGGAGGGAGAGUUGGUCCUCUCAGACACAGAUUCGGACUUCAGUGAUGAGGAAGAAUCGGUCAUCAUGCUGACCUGUCCGCAGCACCAGCAGCCUCGGUCAGUAUCUGCAGCCAGUAUUGGGGCUGAUGUUGUGUCCAUUUGUAGCCAGAACCAGCCAGAGAACAUUCGAAUCACGGCCGACACGGCAGUCAAUAAGAUGAUUGAUGAGGUCCGCGGCUGUCUGAUCCAUCAAUGUCGGAUGAGUCUGUGUAAGGGCGGGGUCAUGGUCAGCCUCCAGGCCCACGCUGUCAUCUCCCACUGUGACAUCAACAGCGUGGGCUACGGCAUCAGAUGUAUUCAGAAUGCACGGGUCAUCAUUUUGAAAAAUGAGAUACACCACUGCAGGACAUCUGGAGUGUUCAUGAGGCUGGCAGCCUCCGGAUUAGUGGCUGGAAAUGACAUUCAUUCAAACUGUGAGGCUGGUAUUGAUAUACGGAAAAAUGCAGAUCCGCUGGUCAUUAGCAACAGAAUCCACCAUGGGAAACGCUCUGGAAUUGUCGUUCUGGGAAGUGGGCGUGGCCAGAUCAGGAACAAUGAGAUCUACCAAAACAAGGAGGCGGGGCUUUAUAUACUGUACAGAGGAAAUCCAACUGUCAGCAAGAAUCAAAUUUUCAGUGGGAAGGCUGCGGGAGUCGCUGUAAAUGAAGGGGGCAAAGGUUACGUGUGUGACAACAUAAUUCGUGAGAACCAGUGGGGCGGGGUGGACAUACGACAUGGUGGUGACCCAGUUAUAGCACAGAACAUCAUCUGUAACGGGAUGUCGGACGGAAUAGUCAUUGGAGACAAGGGGCGGGGCAGUAUAGAAAAUAACAUCAUAACAGGUAACGCUGGGUGUGGAGUGUGGGUAACAGCAGCCUCACAGCCACUCAUCCAUGGCAACCAGAUCAACAACAACCUGGACACUGGAAUUACAUUUGUCAACAAAAUGGAUGAGGCCCAUGAAGCUGAUCCCAUGUCUUCAAUGGAUCGUAGUGAUGUUCACAGUCAAAAGAGUGCCGAAUUCUGGCAGUUUGUGAAUGAAGAACAGCCCCACCACCGGCGAUCAUGUACUGUAGCAACAGUGGAGUACAACAGUGUAUACCAUAACAAUGGUAGAGGGGUAUUUCUGAUGUUCGGGGAUGAAGUUGAGGUGAAGUGUAAUGCUGUGCAUGGUAACCGUGGUGAUGGCAUCCACAUUGAUCAGGAGUUACCUGUACUGGUGAAGGACAACAGUGUCACAUGUAAUGCAGGGAAUGGACUUAUAACAUCAAACAUAGGGGAGGUGAUUGUGUCAGGAAAUGGAGUGUUUGAUAACAGAGACCAUGGAAUUUUUGUGAAGAAUGAGGCAACAGUAGAGGAAAAUGACAUUGUGGGGAAUCAGAGAAGUGCCCUACAACUGGAGAGGAACAGCAAAGUACUGGUAAAACAGAAUCGCCUACAGUCCCUGUCAGAGCGGGCCAUUACUGUAAUCUCGGUCCAUGAGGGAGCCAUCAACAAUAAUCAAGUUUACAGCAUCAAUCCGGACCCAGUUCUCAAAACCACCGACUCCAAAUGUCAAAUGAAAGACAACAAAAUCAUCCACAUCGACCCAACAUCGAAAUCUGGUGGUGAAAAUGGAGCAAAGGCAAACAAGGAUUUAUGGAUGUUGAAAGAUCCCCCUGCUAGACCUCACAUUGAAGCCCCGCCUGCUGUUCCAACCUUGCCUGCCAAUCAAGUGACUUCAGUUACCAGGGUAACAGUGCCAUCUGCCCACAACUAAAUCAUUGAGGAAAUAUGUCCACCCUCAAUCUUUGCAUGGGUGCACAAGCUUGGUCUGCUUUACUGAGCAAAAAAUGAAGACGGGCAUAUAUCCUAAUAUUUAGUUAAUAUCCUUUAGAAAUAAACUGUUUAAUUGGCUGUUACUUAAUUAUUAAAGUACUGUUAGUGUGCACAAAAGUUUGUUAAGUUUGACUGACAGUGAACUUCAAGUUAACACUAUAUAAAUGUAAGAGUUAAUGACAAGUUAACUAUUAGUUAAAGUAAUAACUAAACUUCGUGCAAUUGGGUCCUGAAGGAAUUGUUUUUUUAAUAUUCAAAAAAAAAAAGCUUUCUUAGGUUGCAACUAAACAGAUUUAUAGGAAAUUGUUAAUAAGCAAAAUUGCAACUGAAUUGUGUUUUUUUUUAAAACUUGACAAAAGUUGAGCCAUCAAUGAUUCUUGAAUGUGUGAUCUCAUUUAAUGUUUAAUAAAUUUUGAGAAUCCACAUACAUGUUCCUUGGUUAGGGUGUUGGAGGGGUUAUAACUAUCGUAUUACAUUGACACAUGUAGAUGUUGACUGUCAAUUAAAGCCUUGGUGAGGGAUAACAGUAUAGGUGUAUUAUGUGAGUCUGUGGAAUCUGUUUCUAUGUUCUCUGAUGUUUGUGUUCACUUCUAUAGCUUUGUUCUAAAUGCAGCUGUAGUUCUGCUUGCUCUGUGAUAAAUGUGGAAGUUUAAUUACUGUAUAUAUGUACUGGGAAAAUUCUGCUCCUUUUUGAUGUUGGCCAAAUUUUCCCUCAUAGUCAAUGGGCGAUUUCAAAACUUAGCAAAAUUAGAUUUACUCAUUACUCUUAAAUAGAAUUUAAUAUUAUGGAAUAAAUUUCAAUAGGACAAAAUCAUUUUUCCAGUGAAUGCAUUUGGGAGAAAGUAACAAAAAUUUCCAUGUUCGUAACAUUCGUGUUACCAUUGAUUAUUUUCAAUAUAUCGGUCUUAGUGGCCUAGUAGUUAGAAAACUCGCCUCUCAUCUGGGUGGUCCUGGGUUUGAUUCUCAAUUACGGUUUCAAACCUAAGACAUUGAUACAUAAGUAGUGUCACAGCAGACAUUGAUACAACAGAGGAUUUUCAUUGUGUUGUGGCCUUAAACAUCCCAUACAUUAGUGAAAAUUUGUGGCACUUCACCUACAGCCCAGCAACAUAUGAGUGAAAAUUUUCAACUGGGAUGUAAAAAGAAAUAUUACAGUAUCAUAUAUCUGGUAUAUAUUACCAGUGGUGUCUAGGGCAUUGUAAAUUGACUUAUUAUCAAUAAGGUACUGUUUAUAAUCUUUAACAUAUGCUGUUUUAUUUUCUAACAGUGUCCAUAUAGUCAUACUGGCAGACAUUCCGUCCCUGUUAUAUUCUUAAUCAUUUAUGCUCUUCUUUUCUUCAGACUGAUUAACAAUAGGCUAAUAGUAAUUAAAUUAUCACAUAGCUCUAAGCUUGCAAAAUAGAUAUAGGUAGAUUUAAAAUGGAAUGAAUCAUAUUUCAUCGUUUUGGGGAGGGGG